AAACAUCAGAAGAAGAAGUAGAAGAAGAAGAAGCAGACGCAGAAGAAGAACGCCCAGGAUCCUCAUCUUAUCACCGCCUCACCGGUCUCUAUAACAUUUCGGUUACUUUGAAAACGCUAGCCAGCUCAGCUACUUUAUCAAGUGAAAUUACCGAGAGGGCCUCUUUUCGUCUCAAGUUAACUCCGCAGUGUUCGUAGUGGAAAGUCGGGUUUGUAAGUCAACCGGCAGCUUUUCAUCUGAGUGCCGGUGGUCUGACGAUUUAUGCUGCCUUUCGAAAAAUGCUACCGUAGUGCAAAUCGAUAGCAGAGUCUAACGCUAACCCUAACCUAUGUCCAUGCAGCAGAACCGUUAAGUAGCACAUACCGACAGAACGGCGGCUGAAAGGAGGGGCACGUGACGCGGUAGUCGGGGCUCGAGAUAUAACCGUGGACUCCAGUGCUCUUUAACUCUUAGCUCUCCGCCGGUUGUCUCUGUAGCUAGUAGAGUGUCAACUAUUCAGGACUCGAACAGUGCCGGGACACUCAUGAUGCACCAGCAGGACUCGUUGAUGCCCCCCUUGCUCAGGGAUGUAUCCUGCCAAUGCCGGGCGGCCGAGACCCACCCAGGGGCUGACCCGGGCGGCGGAGGCGGGCACGCCGAGGAGCCCUCGUCAGCUUCCCCGUCUAAACCAGUCACCCGACAGCCCGUGACCAGUGACUGGAACUCGGACCCCGGCCAGUCAGCGCAUCCAUGUGACAUAUGUGGAGGGCCUGAGCAGGAGCACAGGCUGAAAGUGCUGUUCCAAGUCCUGGAUGUAAACGGUGACGGAGGCAUUUGUGUCAACGACCUGACGAUUGGGCUGAAGAAACUAGGGGUGCAUCGCACUGAGCAUGAGCUCAUAAAAAUAGUGAAAGCAGGAGACAAAGACCUGGACGGACAGUUAGACUUUGAGGAGUUCGUUCAUUAUCUCAGAGACCACGAGAAGAAACUCCGGCUGGUCUUCAAGAGUCUGGACAAGAAGAACGAUGGCCAGAUCGACUCACAAGAAAUCAUGCAGUCUCUGCGUGACCUGGGAGUGAACAUCUCUGAGGAACAAGCUGAGAAGAUUCUCAAAAGUAUGGAUAAAAAUGGCACAAUGACGAUUGACUGGAAUGAGUGGCGGGAUUACCACCUCCUGCAUCCAGCAGACAACAUUCCUGAGAUCAUCCUCUACUGGAAGCACUCCACGAUCUUUGACGUUGGGGAGAGUUUGUUGGUGCCUGAUGAGUUCACGGCAGAAGAGAAGAAAACAGGAAUGUGGUGGCGACACCUAGUGGCUGGCGGAGGAGCUGGUGCUGUGUCUCGAACCUGCACAGCACCACUGGACAGGCUCAAAGUACUUAUGCAGGUUCAUGCCUCCAAGAGCAACAGCAUGCGUAUCGCUGGGGGCUUUGCCCAGAUGAUCCGAGAGGGCGGCGUGAGGUCACUGUGGCGAGGCAACGGCAUCAAUGUCAUCAAAAUCGCCCCAGAGUCUGCUAUUAAGUUCAUGGCCUACGAACAGAUUAAACGAUUAAUUGGAAGCAACCAGGAGACGUUGGGCAUCGCAGAGAGACUGGUGGCUGGCUCUCUGGCUGGAGCGAUCGCUCAGAGCAGCAUCUACCCCAUGGAGGUCCUGAAGACACGGUUAGCCCUGAGGAAGACUGGCCAGUACUCGGGCAUUUUGGACUGUGCCAAACAGAUCUUCCGGAAGGAGGGUGUGGCUGCUUUCUACAAAGGCUACAUCCCCAACAUGCUGGGCAUCAUUCCCUACGCUGGUAUCGAUCUGGCUGUCUACGAGACUCUGAAGAAUUCCUGGCUGCAGCGCUUUGCCACAGACAGCGCUGAUCCGGGAGUGUUUGUGCUGCUGGCUUGUUGCACCACUUCCAGCACCUGUGGCCAGCUGGCCAGCUACCCACUAGCCCUGGUCAGGACUCGAAUGCAGGCACAAGCUACCCUGGAAGGAGGCCCUCAGAUGAACAUGACGGGCCUGUUCAGACACAUCAUUAGGACCGAGGGGGCCACGGGACUCUACCGAGGCCUGGCGCCCAACUUCAUGAAGGUCCUUCCAUCUGUCAGCAUCAGCUACGUUGUCUACGAGUACCUCAAGCGCACGCUGGGGGUCCAGUCAAAGUGAGGAAGGAGGCAGAGAGGAUGAGGAGAUAAAGAGGUCAAAGGUUUUUUUGCUUUUCUUUUGAGCUGAAGAUUGACCGUGUUGGGCUCUGAGAAACAAGCAGCUGACAUUUAACAUAUUUAAAUCAAAUAAUCCAAUUCUAGUUUGUACAGGAUACAUGUGAACUUGAAAGCAGAGAGGCUGAUGAAGACUUUCUGGAUGCAGGAAAGCUUGACUGAGGAGGAGCAGUCCUGCUGGUCUGUGUAAAGGAACAAUCUUUGUCUUGAAGGGCUUUGCUAAGGCAUAUCACAAAGCAUUUCCCAUGUCUCCCUGCUGGAAGACUUGCACAGGACUAAGCAUCAGAAGCACCCUGACUGUGGAUGUAACCUCUGCAGGAACGUAGAUCGCCUUUGUGCAUGCUGCAGGUCCCAAACGUUCUACAGCUGUUUCACGUCACAAACGUUACUGCAGAUUGUAGAUUGAUUGUAGAUUGCCAUUAUCUGUCCUUAGUCCCGCUGACUAGCAGAUGAUAGGCCAUGCAUAUAGAGAACAAUCACAACUAAACUAUCAAAUACAAUGUUGUCUAAUACUUCACACAGAUAUGUGCAAUUUUAUGUAUUUGAUCUGUGUACUGUGUCAUUUUCAAAAUUCCCCAGCAGACAUGUUCCCCUUCUUCCCCCCCAGAGGUUCAAGCUCUCCAUUAUGGACACUCCAGCACCCCCUCGGGCCUACAUGUGAACUCUCCAUAGGCAUUUUUUCAUUAAAUUGCUUAAACACAUGAAUGCUUCCACAGGAUGAAUCCUGUAAUUUGACUCCCGCCUGUCCUCCAGCGCGACCCUUAUGUUUUAGCCCUGCUGUUGUUAAGGAUCUAGGAUUAGCACGAUUGUUAUUAUGUUGUUUGUUCCGUCCAACACUUUUGUACUGCGGGGUGUAAGGAAAAUUGAAGUUUUGAAGAGCAGGUGAAAAAGGUAUUGAUUGAUGCUUGGUUGUGCUAUGCCAGAAAUCUUAUUUUUAAUUUGAAAUGUAAAAGAUUCCGUACAGUCUGAGCUCUCCAGCUCUGACAGUGCAGAGCAGAGACAGGCUUCCUAUUGGCUGAGUUUUGCAUUAGGCAGAAUUACUCUGUUACGGUUGUUACAUUUCUCAACUGGACAUUUAAAACAGGACUAUGUAACUUUUUCUGAAUAGCAACCACUGUGUACGGAGCCUGGCAGGUGUCAUAGAGAAAAAAAUCAUUUGUGCUCUUUAUUUAAUAAUUUGUGCACACAAAUGUUGUUGAACUUUUUCAUAUAGCUUUCCAGCUCUGUCUCUCGCUACCCAAACAAAGCCACAAAGCCACUCCUCAAUGAAAAAUAUACAGUAGCUGUAUAGGUUAGCUAUGUGAACACAAGCAGGAAACGACAAACAUGUCUGCUGGUGGGUACAGUGUGUUUACUUCUUGUGAACAGUACAGAACAGUAGCACGUGAUUAGAAAGGUUAGAAUGUCAGUUACACAUCAUACCUGUCUAAAGUUUUCUAACAUUAGCUGCUGCUCAUGCCAGACCAGUGAAGACUGUAGCAGCUAAACCCCUGAGUGAACCGAACUGAGCGUUUUGUUUUUUUAUGAAUUCAGUUUUUCACUUGUGUAAGGAAGAGUAUGUUUUUUUUCUUCUUUCAAAAGUUAUGCAGUCUCUUUCAUUUCAGCAGAUCCAGUAGGGCUGUUGGUUUGAUUUGAAGACAGUAGACAGUUUUUUGUUUUGUGCAGAAUUCUAAGUCUGUCGUUUACCUGUAACCUGAGUGACAGCAACAGAAGAAAUGCUGCCGUCCGGCGUGGGGCUGGUCGCCGUAGUGCGACAGGAUUAGGAGCAGCGGCAGUCGUUGAUGCAGGAGAUGAGGACGCAUUUCCAAUUAGGCAAAGCACCAUUUACGUUUUCAAAUCGAGUCAGUUCAUUAAAGUACUGUUUAGGCCGCCCACGUGUACUGAUCUGACUGUAGUUUCAGCUGUUUUCACUGAAGAGCAACUCAGUUUUGAAAGAUCCCGUCUUAAUCGUCAGGCCCAGUGGAUCAUGAUUCAACAGAACACAUUAUUAAUCUUUACUUUGUGUAAACAGUGUUACUCUGAGGCAGUACUGUUGAGGAAAACCUUUUUGUUUUUGCUAUAAAUAUGUUGGGAGGAUAAGACACCGCACUAAGUUACUCUUCAAACAUCAUGUCGAUCUUGUUUUGCUUUGCAGUGUUUUUGUAAUGUCAUCUUUUCAGAACCACCAUGUAACAUUUUGAGGUUAGCGUCCCUCCUAAAACUGUACAGAAGCUCCAUAGAAGCCUCUUUGGGAUACACCUCCGUUCCUCCUUCCUGAACACUACAUCAGUUAUCACAGUUUCCCUUUCCACAGGUUUAAUGAGAGCCGUCAAAGCAAAGAAAAGUUCCGUCGGUCACAGGAGAAACUUUCUGACGAGGUGAAAUUGCUGUUAAUCUUUCAGAUGUUGUCUAGCUGGCUCUCUAAGGAACAUUUCACCGGCUUGUCGGCUAAAGACAUUUUCCAUUCUUGUACAAUGUAAAUAAAUAGUCUUAAGUCACGUGGCAGGACAUCCAAGCGGAGGCAGCACUCAGCCGGACUGACGCCUGUGUCGAACGGUCACCGAUUCACAGAGGAGUGCCUUGUUUGCCGAGCCUCUCUUAGGUAAAUGCACCUGAACACUAAGAGGUUGAGUCUGUGGAACAUUGAAUGCACUUUACGGUACUCUGCUUUAAUUCUUUUUAAUGAAAAUGUAUUUCUGUAUUUAUUUAUUUAUUUUUUACAAAAAAGGAUUAAUGGCUGAAUAUGUGAUCUGUUGGUUGUGCUGAUAUAUAAUAUUCCGGUGGCUUUUUGAUUUUAGAGUAACCUGUGGUCUUGGUGGAAAACUGAGGUGGUUUGUUUUUGAGUGACAGAAGCAACUGAUGUGGUUUAAAAUUCAAAGCCUCAAAGAUAUGGAGUCCCAAAGUGUUCAGUACUAAGUAAAUAAAUAAAAAUUUGCAAAAAAGCCUAUUAAUUAAAUAAAUUAUUAAAACUCAA